AACAGAUAUCAUGAAACGUACUAGCUUCUCCCAAUGUUCCGUCCACAGUUCACACUGUAGGUCAGUGGCUUUCUUCCCGGAACAAUGUUCCCUUUUAUAGUCUGCAUUCCGACAUCUGAUUCGCUGAGGGAGCUCGCAAGAUUUCUUCUGCGCCUUGCCGGCUCACUUAAAGGUCUCAUGACUUUACACUAUAAAAUCGCAUCGAUUGCUGAUGCCCUACUGAUACGCCACCUAUCUUCCUAUUAUCAUCAUAGGCAAAGCUAAUCAUGGUCGAAACACACGGUGGCGAACGGGGCUUAAGAUUGCUCUCAAUAGAUGGGGGCGGUAUACGGGGAUUGUCUGCGUUGUAUAUUCUCCAGAACCUGAUGUGGAGGAUCAGGGUGGCGAAUGGCCUUGAACAGACUCCAAAGCCAUGCGAGUACUUUGACUUGCUAGGCGGAACAAACACAGGAGGGUUGAUCGUCCUGAUGCUAGGACGCCUACAGAUGUCUGUCGAUGAAACGAUCGAUCGCUGGAGUGAAUUUUGUGAGAAGGUUUUUGGUGACACGAAAGGUUUCGGACGUGACGGCAAAUACAAGGCUAGCACUUUCGAAGAUAUCCUGAAAUCGAUUGUGAGGGACCAUACUGAACCUCGGGACCCCGAAACUGAGAUGAUGGAGAAAGAUGCAGCGGCAUGUAAAACCUUCGUCUGUGCUAUGAACGCGCACAACAUGAAUGCAUUGACUCCCGUCCUCUUCCGCACCUACGACCAUCCCAAAGAAGCCCCGAAAGCCUGCAAAGUUUGGGAAGCCGGGCGCGCUACAUGUGCCAUGCCCGUUCUCUUCAAACGAAUUGAGAUCGGACCGAAGUACAGGAAGCAGCCAUAUAUUGAUGGCGGGAUGGGCCGCAACAAUCCUGCAAAGGUUGUGCUCGACGAAGCUAGGGUUCUGUACCCUGCCAGGGAAGUCGCAUGCUUGACAAGCAUCGGCACUGGCUAUCCCAAAACGAUCGCGGUCACCGCUGCGAAGUCGCACCGGAGCAGUUCGGUUGAAGCUGUCGACGAAGCGCUCGUGAUGAUGGCCACAGAUUGCGAAGGGACAGCACAAGACCUUGCCAAGCAGUAUCGCGACACACCGGAUGUCUACUUCAGGCUCAACGUCCAGCGGGGGAUGGAGCAAAUCACGCCGGAGCAGUGGGAUCGUUUCUCCGAGGUGGGGUCGCAUACAGACCAGUAUCUCAAGGACGAGAACGUGGAACCGAACGUAGAAAAGGUCGUUAAGAUCCUUGGAGAGGGUGGGCCGAACUUUGACAUAUCGAUCGGGUUAUGUUGA